GGGGAUCCCAAUACGCGAGGGCGCCGUGGGCUCCACCUUCGGCUCUCUAUCGUCGGCAGUACUUGGCAGGGGGCGGAAUGGACGAAUGAACACACAGACCGGACGCUACACGGCCAUUGUUGCGCGUCUGAAAAUCACUGAAAUCCAUCCGCGCCCCGUACCUUUGCGAGGGCCGCCCGCGUGAGCGUGUUUGCAAAAGCGGAGGAGACGCAUUGUGGCGGACAAUGUGAGGAACCUGGCCUGGAGAGGCUUGCAUGCUUGGCUGCAAGGCUGUGGGGGAGAGAGUUCAGCCAUGGGCAGGAGCUGGGACGAGCGCUUCCUUCUUUUUCCCUUUCAAGCACGACAUCCACACCAGACCCUUCCAGCUUCCCACCUUCCCGUCUGUCCCUCGGCGGUCUCUCCCCUUUCCCUUCUUUCUCCCGACCCCUCUCUGGCGGCAAGUUUGCUUUCGUUUUGCGACUUUCCCACCUCUUCGGGCGAGCGAGCGGCUUGGAAACAGACGACCGACCUUCUUUUUCUUUCUCGUCCCUCCUUUUACUCGGCUCUAUGCCGCCAUUGUUCCACCAUUGAACCCUCAAUCGCUCCCUACCGCGUGCCGACAAGGCGCUAGCGGCUUAUGCGCCACCACUAAAAACGUGCCCCCCAACCUCGCCGUCAGUGGGAGAGCCGCCUGGCCCAAAGCGCGGUCACCACCCACCAACCUACCUACGGACUCAGGAACCAGGAACCAGCCGCACUUGCAAUUCAAUUUGCACAGCCCUCCAGCUCCCGUCCGUUUCACAACGACCCGGGCGUGAGACACUGUCUGGACGGCGCUGGGCCACUCACCACCGGUCCGACCCAUCACCGCUCCUCGCUCCUAUCCGUCGAUCUCGUACAUCCCCCAUCCUCGUGCCACCUGAGGUCACCCGCUCGACACAGGGCAGAGUCACUCGACGCCGGGCAGUGGCUCCGGGACGACUUUCGCUCGCUUUCACGGCUGGACAUAGUCCUCGCUCGUUCCCUCGUUCGCUUCACCGUGCCGACUCGAUAUCGCUCUUUCAACUUGUCGCGCUUCUAUUCUUUCGGCCCCGUUCACGUCCUCGGGGGUUUGUGCAGCUCGAAUUCCUCGUACCUUCUUUCACGCGGGCAGCCUCUGCAUUUGUCGGUCAGACAAGCCCAGAGCCACGAGACCUUUCUUUCACGAGCCCCAUACACGACCAUCAUAUUUGCACGUCGCUUCCACAUACCGGCCCGGCGACCUGACUCUCGCUCCGCCUAAUUACAGAGAACCCUUUGACGACAUCGCGAACCCCAACCACUAAGGGCAUCCACCGUUCACCACAAGCGACAGUUCGCUCGUAAAUACCGAAUCACCUCGAAUGCCUGCAACAGGAGCGAGACGAAAAACGUGACGACAACAUGCCGUCAGUCGACGUCGCCAUGGCGAGGAGCCUGCAAGGCGGAGUCGUGGACCAGCUCAAGGACGUCGUCGCCCGCGCUGUUGUCGCUGGGCUGACCCGGAGGGACAUCAUAACGGACGCCCAAGGCAAGGUAACGGACGUCAAGACAGCCUUCUCCAGUUGGGAUAAUUGUAUGAAGGCCUCAUUUUGCAAGUGGCCCGUCAUCGCCGUCAUCGUUGUGGGCGGCCUCAUCAUCCUCGGCAUCGCCUGGUGCAUCAUUCGCUGCGCAUGCUGCGGCCUCUCUUGCUGCUGCAGCUGCUUUCAAUGCCUCAAGUGCUGCGGGAACUGUUGUGGCUGCUGCGAUCCGCCCGGUGGUCGUCGCCACAAGUACCUGGAUGAGCCUUACAUCCCACCGCACCACGGUCAAGGCUACCAGCAGCAGACUCCCAUGCAGGCUCCUUUCCCUCCCGCCGUCUCCAAGCAUCCGGUACACGAGCCUCCCCAGUACGCCGAAUUUGAUGUUUCGAAGAAGGGUAGUGAAGAUGCUCUUCCUCACAUGCCCAGCUGGGAAGGCGCAGGGUCUAAGAACAUAAGGGUGGAAGAAGAAGAGAUGGAGAUGAACCAGCUGAAGAAGUCGCCCAAUUCAACUCCCGCGCAACCGCCGUUGGCUUCGCCAUCUGCGGGUCCGACAAGCCCCUUGGGCAUGGAGGGUCACAGUCCUUACGGCAACCCUCGAGGUGCCCCGACUGGCUAUCUUCCCAACCAAAGUCAGCAAGCCGUAGGCCAUGGCCGUCUAUCGCCUGGCCAGAGCCAGCAGAGCCUAGGCAUGUACUCUCAAAGUCAACCUGGCUACAACAACGUGGCCGCCAAUCGCGAAUCCGGCUUUGGUCUCGACCAGCCCUACGACGACCCGGCCCUUGGUGGCACGCCAAACCAGCACCCACCCGCCUCAGGGUACAUCGGUGACGCCCAGAAUCAAACAUAUGUGCCACCCCUUGUUGCUGGCAUGGGCCAGGGUCGACAAUCACCCGCUCCCGGGCGGCAGGAUCGCUAUAUGAACCAGGGCUAUGCUGAGAUGCCAGCCGAGGCUGCUCAUAUGAAUGAGUUUGAUCGACGAUCACCCCAGGGCGCUCCGAAUGGAUACGGUAUGAGGCAUCAAAAUACGGGCGACAACGGCGCUGUGGCGGGUGGCCGUCCUCCGUACGGCAUGGACCCUCGCAUGCGCAACUCACCCGGUCCGCGACGAACGCCCGGUCCCCCCAACGAUGGAUCGUACGGGCAGUCUCCCAGGGCGUCUCCUGCCCCUCGCGAGCAAGGCUACGGGGCCCCACGGUACGGCUCGCCUGCUCCGAUGAACCGAACAUACUCCCCCGCUCCUCCCCCGGACAGGCACAUCUCCCCAGCCCCUGAUCGCCAGCUUCCUCCCGCUCCAGGGCGUCACCGAGGCCAGGACCAUCGACCACCCCCGCUAGCCAGACCGCCAAUCAGCCCUGGGCUUGCACAGUCUCCUCCUCAGUCGCCGAUCAGGAACAACUCAGGCUUCGACUUCACAUCAGGAUACGCUCGUCCGGGGAAUUCUGAUCGCCGGCCAAGCGAGCCCCAACCGUCACCUACUCAUGAGGCCUACCCAGGUUACAAACCCUAUCAGCCACCUCAAUGAUCCGAGAGCGCUGUUUAGAACAGCUUGACUGUACAACUCCUUUGGGAAGCUUCUCGGUCGGCGUUCGGGGGAAAAGUUCUCGGGACCUCGAGGCGGAGCAGCUCGAUCGGAAGACGGGGCUGCCUCAAUCGUUCUUAUGACCAACGAUGCCCGCCUCUUAUGAACAUUUGUUUCAAAUCACUUGGAUGAUCGAAUUUUGGUUUUCCAUUCAUGUAUCUUCGAUUCUUUUUCUUUGACGCGCCCCCUUUUGGGCCUGGUGAACGAUCAUGCUGCAGCUUGCAGCGUUGCACAUCAUCGACUGAUGUGUUUCCUUCAGUGUAACAUAUUUACCAAAUCGCAAACAAUAUUGACAAUGC